AUGGCGUACGGCCUUGACACGGACAGCUUUCUUAGAUGUUUCACCAGAAUGGCGAGCCGAAGGGGUUAUAUGUCUCAAAUCGUAAGUGAUCGUGGGACAAACUUUAUAGGAGCUGCUAGGGAAUUGAAAGAGUUGGUGGACCAGUUGAAUACUUGUAAGAUACAAGAAACCACGAUUGACAACGGGGUUAAGUGGACCUUUAACCCACCGUUGGCACCGCAUUUUGGAGGAGCCCAUGAGAUAAUGAUAAAGGCGGCCAAGAAAGCAAUAUACGCAAUUUUGAGAGACGCUGAUGUAAAUGAUGAAGAACUGUCAACUGUAUUCGUUGGUGUCGAAGCGACGUUGAACUCUAGGUCCCUCACAUACCAGACAGCUUAUUCGAAGGACUCUCCGCCGCUCACCUCGAAUCACUUUCUGCAGGACACGCGGGAGGAAAAUCUGCUCCUGAAGGCAUUGAGAGUCUAG